CACUGACGCAGCCGGUCCCCGGUCAGCUGACGCUCGGUGUGGUGUGUUUACGUUCAAUUCCACGUAAUGAUGGAGGAAAAUGACAGCAGCGACAUCAUCGAGCACCACGUCGAGGAGGAGAUGGAGAAGAAAACCAAGAGGUGCAGCACAGGUUCCGUCCGGGUGAGCGGGAGUCCGUCCGAACCACCGGGAGGGACUCAGUCUUCACACCGGCUCCUGUCCUACAGCGACGCCGUCAUCUCCAUCAUCGCCACCGUCAUGAUUCUGCCAGUUGCACAUACAAAGGUGGAAGAUCAGGAGGAUUUGAGUGAAAGUGUUCAGCUUCUGCUGACAACUAAGAUCGCUGUUUACUUGAUGACCUUCCUGAUCGUGACGGUGGCGUGGGCCGCUCACAUCAGAUUGUUCCAGGUGAUCAAUAAAAUUGAUGAUUGCCUGGCACUGCUGAACCUCGCGUGCAUGAUGUUGAUAACGUUCCUGCCAUACACGUUCUCCCUGAUGGCGACUUUCCCCAAGAACAUUCUCGGGAUUUUGCUGUUUUGUGGAUGCGUGAUAGUGAUUGGCCUCAUCAGGUCAGCGGUGAUCGUGCUGUACGCCUUCAGCCAGCCCUUCCUGCUGAACGAGCAGAUCCAGAUCUUGGAGAACCGGACUUUCUACAAACACCACAUCUUGAAAGUCAUCCUGAGGGUCCCCAUCAUGUGUUUCUUUGCCAGCAUCACCUCAUUCUUCCUGUUCCAGUUGUCAUACGUGUUGCUGGCCAUUGUCAUCUUCCUGCCGUACAUCUCACAGUGUGUGAAGUGGUGUCGCUCGAAAGCAGUCGGUCACGUGGAGGAAACACCAGACUCCAUGUUGUUCUACACCUACCUCCCUAAUGAGCCCCUCAGUAAGGAGCGAGUGGAGGCAUUCAGUGAUGGCGUUUACGCCAUCGUGGCAACGCUGCUCAUCCUCGACAUCUGUGAAGACAACGUUCCAGACCCAACAACCGUGAGGAACCAGUUUGGCGGGAGCCUGAUUGCGGCACUGCAGGUCUACGGUCCAGAAUACCUUGCAUACUUUGGCUCCUUCGCUACUGUAGGCCUCCUGUGGUUCGUCCAUCACUCACUCUUCCUCCAUGUCACCAAGGCAACGCGUCUCAUGGGCCUACUGAACACCUUCUCUCUGGCUUUUGUCGGAGGUUUGCCUUUAGCUUACCAGCUAACACACGAGUUCCUGCGAAAUUCCCGCAAUGAACUGGAAGCCAUCCAGAUCAGUUGUGUUAUAAUUUUCUUUGCAGGAAUUUUCCAGUUAGCUAUUUGGGUUGUUGCCCUUUAUAACGAACUGGAAACCCUGCACCCAGAUGUACGAUAUGGGGGGCGCGAGCACAUCCUCAUGUUAGCUAAGUUAGCAUUGUACCCCUGUGUUGCUUUAGGGACAUUUUUCCUGACAUGUAUUUUAAGUAAAUUUAGCACCUCAAUUUUUCACCUGAUGGAAAUUACAGUGCCUUUUGCUUUUCUUGUGUUGAGGUUGUUAGUGCGUGUUGGGCUAGCUUUGCUGCGGUUAAUUUUCUGUCCUGAUAGGCCAAAUUCACAGUCUGUUGUAAUUGAGGAAGAUGAAACAAGGGUUCAAUUCAAUGAUUUGGUUAGCUAACUACAGAGGAUAACUCAAUACAAAGUUAACAAACGGAGUGGUGAGGUGUUUCUUCUCUGAAGGAGUUGUUUGGAGUCUAACAGGCUUCCGUCAGAAAGACUCAUUUCACUGUCAACCAUGCACUAAUUUACUAUCUGGUAAACUGAACAUUCCAAAGCUAGAAAGAAAGACAUGAUUUCACAUUUACUGCCCCCUUACUGUUAGCGCCACUGAGGGAUCGAUCCCAACAAGUAGGACUGUCUGGAGCAAAAUAGUCCCCUGCAGCAGCAGAAUCCGGUGUUCAUCAAGGGUCUGUUCUUGGCCUAAUCUUGUUCCCGAUUUAUGUAAAUAACAUGAGGAGUUUGAGUCUUUGUUGAUGACUGUACUGAAAAGGAUGAAUACGUCCAGAAAGACUUAAGGAUCCUGAAGAAAUGGGUUGAAUCUGAAAAUCAAACAGAGCACCUUGAUGUUAUCAUUUUAAAAUAAUUUAAAUUGUGGCCAAAGCCAAGAGGAAACUGGGGGGGCUUGAAAGAAACCUAAAAACCCAUGGAACUGGCACAAAAGAACAGUCUUAUAGGGCUUUGUGUGCCCAAGAAAUACCCAGACUAGAAUUGCACAACAAUUUUGAAUUCUUGUGAAAAUAUCAACAAGCUCCAAAUUGUCCAACGCAAAGCAGCACAGACUAAUAAUUUCCACAAUACCAGCUGUGAGACUUUAGGCUAAGAAUCAACACUAUCACCCAGUCCCUCCCAGGACCUGGCUGAUACAAGCUUGUAUGCAAGGCAUAGUUUCUUGAAAGACACAGAAACAGCAGACACCAAACCCCAGAGGAAUAUCACCAUGACAGGUUCUUCCCAGCGUCAACAGACUUUUCUUUGCUAAUCCUCAGUGGGCUCAUGGGCCUGAUACAACAUGUCAGAAAUGUUUUCAGGAGUGGUUUUAGCUACAGAAGAAAUCAGGUUUUGUCAGUGCUUUUCUGUGGCAUUGAGCGUCUUGAUACUCGAUUGGCAUUAAUUUUACUCAGGCCAUGUUAGCUUAGCAUGACAUUAGUUUAAAAUGUUUUCACAGCAGCGUUGAUAAACUGCAUGUCAAGUUGUUAAACCUUUGGGGUUUUUUUUAAUCAUCCUGGUAUGAAAUACAGGGGGAUACAGCUAUCAGCAUGUCCGUCCAUUUUCGCUUGUUAGCGCAGUUUCUCAAGAACCACUUGACGAAUUUCAGUCAUAUUUAGCAUAAGGGUAUACUCUGGUGAUCCCUGGACAUUUUGUAUUACAGACUUGUGGGGACCAGGGGCAACAUGUCAUCUCCUGAUGAUUUUUUUUUUUUUUUCCAUGUUAGGAUUAAAUGUCGAGCUCAUGUAUAUUCAAACUACUGAACAUAAUGAAAUUUUAUUUUCUGUGACAUACGUACGUAAAAUGUUUUGCAGUUAAACUGAAAUUGUAAAAUGCACUAUUUUUUAUUACUUUUUUAUAAUUUGCCACAAGAAGAUUAAAUGUUGAUCUCAUGUCUGUUCUUCAAACUACCAAACAUGAUGAAAUUUUAUUUUCUGUGACAAAUAUGGAGCUAUAACGUACAUUUGGCAGUUAAAUUUCAAUUGAAAAUCGCACUAUCAUUUUUAUGUCCAGUGGAAUGUAAACACUGUUAUCUACUACAAAGAAGUUUAAUUAUUGUGUCCUACGGCAGUCUGUGCUCAAGGUUCUUGAAAUGGAGCACUGUCUCCACCUGGUGGACAUUUAUCAUUAAUGCAGGUAAAAUAGAAUUUUGUCCAGAACUCCAGUACAUAUCCAUUAUUUAAUGCAUUUCUAAGCACAUGAGCAGAGACCACUGGAGGGGUUGUAUCAUCAAAAUAAAAUGACAGGAAGU